CCGCUGCGCUGCACCCCAUUUUCCGGCCAAAUACCGGCAACUUAGACUCCUCUUUCGGGUCCCUUACCUGUUCAUAUUCAAACAGGAAUGGCCUCAACCCUCUCGAAUUCUGUUCAACCGUGUCGGUUUCGGGUUCUCAAAGAUGGAACGGGUUCUCUUGGUCCAGUGGUUUAUUGGAUGUUCAGAGAUCAAAGGGUUAAAGACAAUUGGGCGUUGAUACACGCCGUUGAUGAAGCCAACAGAGCCAAUGUCCCUGUUGCUGUUGCCUUCAAUUUGUUCGAUCGAUUUUUGGGGGCGAAAUCUCGGCAGUUAGGGUUUAUGCUUAGGGGGCUGCAACAACUUCAACAUGAUAUUCAAGAAACGCUUCAAAUACCAUUCUUCUUGUUUCAGGGGGAAGCUGAACAGACUAUACCAAAUUUCAUUAGAGAAUGUGGGGCUUCACUUCUAGUCACAGACUUCUCACCCUUGAGAGAAGUUCGAAAGUGUAAAGAAGAAAUUUGUAAGAGGGUAGAGGAAUCAGUUAAAGUACAUGAAGUCGAUGCCCACAAUGUAGUACCUACUUGGGUUGCAUCCGAGAAAUUGGAGUACAGUGCAAAAACUUUAAGGGGGAAGAUAAACAAAAAGCUCCCGGAUUACCUUAUAGAUUACCCUUCUAUGGUCAUACCAACUAGAAAAUGGCCUUCCGCUGAUAAGUUUAUUGAUUGGGAUAGACUUAUUGAUGAUAACUUGAGGAAAGGAGCAGAUGUUCCUGAACUUGAAUGGUGUAAACCAGGGGAAAAGGCUGCAAUGGAAGUAUUGAUGGGUAGUAAAGAUGGGUUUUUGACUAAGAGGUUGAAGGGCUAUGCAAUUGAUAGGAACAAUCCAUUGAAACCCAAGGGGCUCUCUGGCCUCUCCCCAUAUUUGCAUUUUGGGCAAAUAUCUGCACAGCGUUGUGCCUUAGAAGCACGCAGCAUUAGAAAACUCAAUCCACAGGCAGUUGAUGUGUUUCUUGAGGAGUUGAUUGUUAGAAGGGAACUUGCUGAUAAUUACUGCUACUACCAACCUCACUAUGAUUCACUGCUGGGGGCUUGGGAAUGGGCACGUAAAACCCUGAUGGACCAUGCUUCCGAUAAGCGAGAAUAUAUUUACACGAGGGAGCAACUGGAGAAGGCGCAAACUGCUGACCCACUAUGGAAUGCUGCUCAACUGGAGAUGGCCCACCAUGGAAAGAUGCAUGGUUUUAUGAGAAUGUACUGGGCAAAAAAGAUUUUGGAGUGGACAAGAGGACCUGAGGAAGCCCUUGAAAUCUGCAUAUACUUGAAUGACAAGUAUGAAAUAGAUGGGAGGGAUCCGAAUGGAUAUGUUGGCUGCAUGUGGUCAAUCUGCGGUGUUCACGACCAGGGUUGGAAAGAGCGACCGGUAUUUGGGAAGAUUCGAUACAUGAACUAUGCUGGGUGCAAGAGGAAAUUUGAUGUGGAUGGCUACAUUGCCUAUGUGAAGAGACUAGUGGGUGAAAUCAAGAAAAGAAAACCAGAGGAAACUCUGGAGGAUAGAAAGCCAAAGGGAAUUCGGUGCUAGUUAAUGAAUUUCAAGGCGUUGAGAAGCCUAACAGUAGUGACAGUUUCAUGAAAGGUAAUACUAAUACAUUUUUACUAUGAGUGUGAUCUCCAGCCCCUUAACUAACUAACUUACAUAUUGUAAUUUGUAACUUGUAAGCCGUAGUUCUUUGAUAAGCUACUUUGUCGUGGC